AUGUCAGCCAUCAUCAGCUGCAAUGACAGCACUGUGAACUACGACCACUUUGUGCUAACUGGCAUUCCUGGAAUGCAGGAGAAGAACUCCUGGGUGGCCUUCCCACUGGGUGUCCUCUACGUCCUAACGCUGCUGGGAAACGUCACUAUCCUCUUGGUCAUCAAGACCGACGAAAGCCUCCAUGAGCCCAUGUACAUCUUCCUCUCCAUCCUGGCCUGCUCAGAUCUGGGCCUCUCCGUGUCCACCAUGCCAACAAUGCUAAGCGUUUAUUGGUUUGAUGCUGCGGAAAUUACAUUCAAUGACUGCAUCACCCAGCUGUUCUUCAUCCAUACAUUUCAAUGGGUGGAGUCCGGUGUUCUUGUGGCUAUGGCCUUUGACCGCUUCAUUGCUAUACGUGACCCGCUGAGAUACAGAUUACUUCUCCCAAAUUCAGUAAUCGCAAAGCUAGGAAUAGCUGUCUUGUCCAGAGGUUUCUGCGUGGGCUUCCCAAGCCCCUUUCUUUUGAAACGUCUCUGCUUCUGCAGGUCCAAUGUUCUUUCUCACUCCUACUGUCUCCAUCCUGAUGUAAUGAAGUUAGCCUGUACAGACACAAAAGUCAACUUUUUGUAUGGAUUAAUUAUGGUCAUUGUGACGUUGGGGUUGGAUGUCGCGUUCAUUCUUGCGUCUUACAUCCUGAUCCUGAAGACAGUUUUGCGCAUCGCAUCCCAUGAAGAACGUCUCAAGGCUCUGAACACCUGUGUCUCCCACAUUUGCACAAUAUUGAUUUUUUAUGUCCCAAUGAUUGGCGUCUCUCUGGUGCACCGAUUCGGAAAGCAUCUUUCCCCCAUUGUUCACAUGCUGAUGGCCAACAUCUACGUUGCAGUCCCCCCACUUCUAAACCCUAUUGUGUACUGUGUGAAGACCCAGCAGAUUCGGCAGAGGAUAUACAAAAAAUUUCUGGGGAAGAAAACGAGGUGCUGA